AUGGCAGAGGGUUCAGGGGGGUUUGCAAACAGACGACAGAUCUAUUCUGAAAUUUUCGGGGUUGAAAGGCCACUGGUGGACUUCAAACCUACAGAAAGUAUCGGAAACAUUCCAGACCGAAUCGAGCAUAUCGAGUCGCUCAAUGAUGCUAUAUUGGACGAUAUACACGAGGACAUGAUACCUCCAGAGACAAAGAAUUAUAUUUUGUCUCAUAAUACUCAUAUUAGGAGUGUAUCCGAUACACAAAGCUUGUCAAGCAAUGAAGACUCGUCUUCAGUCGACAGCCCCCGCAAGAUGCGCCCACCGCGUUCGCCUUCUAAGAAGAUAUCACCGGAACACUCCAGGGUUCCCCCUCCUCCAAUCAAUACGGCGAUGCUUCCAUCCGGUGUUUCUUCGCCGCAACGAUCCAAGAGUGAAACUGCUCGAAGAAUUCCCUCCCUUCCACAUUUGUCGAUGACUUCGAACUUGAAAAAACAGCAAUCAUUCACGGCGAAGAAGUCUCCAUUGCAGGGUUUUAGUUUUUUCUCCAGACCAACUUCAAAGGACAUGAAUGAGCAACAAAUUCAACAGCAGCAGCAACAGAUACAUCAACAACACAAUCAACAUGGAAACUCGAGCCAAGGGAACCUUGGUUCGAGAUCUUUGUCGUUAAAUUCGUCAUCCUUUAAAAACUUCACUUCUUCUUUACAACAAAAGACGUCAAGUGGUCGCACAAUUCCUCAGAAGUACGAAGUGACGUCGAAUCCUUUUUUGGAACAUCAUCAUCAUCUUCAGUCACAAACCACAAUUGGACUUGGAAUCAAGUCCAGAAAUUCGUCGGCAUCUUUGAACAACAGCUUCGUUAAUAUUAAUUCCAAAAAGGUGCCUUCGAAGCCCUCACUUCAUUACCACCGCAGAAGCAGUGCUUCUUUACAUUCCAAGCCUAUUGUUAGCGCAACUUCCAUGAAGAAGCCACAAGUAUAUCCCGCCAUGCUUUCCAGAGUUGCUGCACGGUUCAAGAAAUCCAUUCAACUGGGGGAGUACAAGAAGGAUGGAUUACUUUACAGAGAUGCGUUUACUGGUCAACAAGCCGUUGAUGUAAUUUGCUCUAUUGUCCGAACUUCGGAUCGUAACUUGGCUUUACUACUAGGUCGAGCCCUUGACGCGCAAAAGCUGUUCCAUGAUGUUGUGUAUGAACAUCGCUUGAGAGACUCGCCCAAUGAAGUUUAUGAAUUCACUGGAAACUCAAGAGUAAUUGGAACAGGAACUACCGGGAUGAUUCCAGCCUCAUCACACCAAGACCCACUUCUAAUGGGAUCAACUUCAACAUUCAUCUCUGGACAGCCAUCUAAUAGCACCUUAAAUGCUUCUACAUCAUCUAUUUCAGUUUCAAGUAACCCCCAGGAAAAGCAGGAGUUGGAACCUGGAAAGAUGCAUAAUGUUAAUGGUGUUUUUACAUUACUUGCCGAGUGCUAUUCGCCAACAUGUACACGCAAUAAAUUGUGCUAUUCUAUUUCGUGCCCACGCCGUCUAGAACAACAGGCAAGGCUAAAUCUAAAACCAAACGGAGGGCUAAAGCGUAAUAUAUCAAUGGCAGUAGAUGAUGAUGAAGAAGAAAAACCUUCUUGGACUAGUUCCGUUCCAGAGGAAACCUGGAAAAACCUGUCAAAGAAAGAAAUAAAGAGACAGGAAGCAAUUUACGAAGUAUUUAUCACCGAAAAAAACUUCGUAAGAUCACUUGAAGUUAUAAGAGAUACUUUUAUGAAAACCUUAGCUGAGACAAAUAUCAUUCCCGUUGAUAUUCGCAAAAACUUUAUCAAGCAUGUUUUUGCACACGUUAAUGAUAUUUAUUCCGUGAACAGGCGCUUUUUAGAUGCACUUAAUGAUAGACAAAAAUCUUCACCUAUUGUGAAUGGCAUUGGCGAUAUCCUCCUCAGAUUCAUCCCCUUUUUCGAACCAUUUGUUAUGUACGUUGCUUCCAGACCAUAUGCGAAAUACUUGAUUGAAACGCAAAGAUCAGUGAAUCCCUAUUUUGCCCGGUUUGACGAAGACCUGAUGAGCUCGCCAUUAAGACAUGGUAUUGAUUCAUUUUUAUCACAAGGUGUCUCAAGGCCAGGUCGUUACAUCUUGCUUGUUAGGGAAAUUAUUAAAUCGUCAGACCCCGAGAAGAAUAAACGGGAUCUUGAAAAUAUGAACAGGGCCUUGGAGGCUUUGCGGGAUUUCAUGAAGCGGAUCGACAAAGCUAGUGGAGCUGCACAGGACAGACAUGAUGCCAAAUUGCUAAAACAGAAAAUCCUUUUCAAAAAUGAAUAUGUCAAUUUGGGUUUAAAUGACGAGAAACGAAAAAUCAAGCAUGAAGGUGUCCUUUCAAGGAAAGAAUUAAGCAAAUCCGAUAUGAGUGUAGCUGGUGACGUUCAGUUUUAUUUAUUGGAUAACAUGCUUUUAUUUUUAAAAGCAAAGCCAGUGAACAAGUGGCAACAGCAUAAAGUAUUUCAAAGACCUAUACCUUUGCCAUUACUGUUUGUAUGUGCUGCAGAAGAUAUUCCACCUUUGAAAAAAUAUAUUUAUUCCAAUACAGAUGGAUGCGGUGUAAUUUCUACUGCAGAGUAUCAUUAUACCAAUCCUAAGAACGCCAUCACGUUUUUGUAUUAUGGAGCGAAGCACAGGUACCAGGUUACACUUUAUGCAGCUCAAUACGCUGCCUUACAAACUCUUUUGGAUAAGAUUAAACAAGAACAAACUACUCUGUUGGCACAAAACGAUAUCUUUAACGUCAAGAGAAUUACUAGCAAGUUCUUCGAUUACUCUAAUAAAAUCAACAGCGUGACGCUAUGUGAUGGAGGUAGAAAGCUACUGAUUGCAACCAAUCUAGGACUGUACGUGAGUAAUGCGAAGAUAGAACAGUCCUCAGACUCGAAGGGUAGUAAUACGUAUUUCACUACACCCAUCAAAAUCAUUCAAAGGAGCAAUAUUACCCAGGUCGCCGUAUUAGAGGAAUUUCAAUCUAUUCUAUUACUGGUGGAUAAGAAACUAUACAGUUGCCCCAUGACUCUACUCAAGCAACAAGGAGACGGCACCCAACAUUUCAAGAAGCAUGCCAAAGAAUUAGUCAACCAUGUCAAUUUUUUUGCGGAGGGUGAUUGCAAUGGUAAAAGGUUAGUUGUCACUGCACACAGCUCGUCUCAUUCUAUCAAGUUUUUUGAGCACGAGCAUCCAAUGUUGAUGGAGGGCAAAAAGAAUUUGAAACGUAAAAUUACUGACAUAUCUUUUGAUUCCGAACCAGUGUCUAUCUCAUUCCUAAGAGCUAAUUUAUGCAUAGGGUGUAAGAGAGGGUUCCAGGUUGUAUCUGUGACCCAGAACGCCCAUGAUACUCUCUUGGACCCUGCCGACACUUCUUUAGAAUUUGCGCUCAAAGAUGGUCUACGACCCAUGGCCAUAUAUCGGGUGGGCAACAUGUUUUUGUUGUGCUACACCGAAUUUGCAUUCUUCGUAAAUGAUCAAGGUUGGCGGAAGAAGGAGUCCCAAAUAAUUCAUUGGGAAGGUGAGCCUAAACGAUUUACCAUGUGGUAUCCAUAUAUCCUUGCCUUCGACAGUAGCUUCAUCGAAGUCAGGAAAGUUGAUACUGGAGAAUUGGUACGUUGUGUACUCGGAGAGAAGAUCCGUUUACUUCAAGCCAGCUCUCAGCAGAUUCUUUAUGCUUACGAAGACGAGAAUGGCUACGAUACAGUUGCCUCUUUAGACUUUUGGGGGAAAUAA